AUUGAUAAAUGCAACAUAAGCAAACACAGCAAUAACAAAAACAACAACUGUACACACUGUUGUCGAAGAAUUUGUCGAGCAAUCGAUUGCCAUUACCGCCGCCGCAGUUGCUUCAGCGGAAUUGGAGCGAGAGGCAGAACGGGCCAAGCUUUGAUUUUCUUAUUGGAACACAUUCUACCGACCAUAAACACACCCAUACAUACGCGAGCGCGCGCCAGAGAAUAGAAUGAGCCGUCUGUUAAUUAACAAACCCAGCGCCAUGCAACGUGCGGCAGCCACAAUGUCUGGCAGGGCCGCCGCCGCCUUGCCACUUCGCCAGCCCUAUCCUCAGCAGCAGCAACAAUCAAAAUUGACGCCCAGUGUCGUCAUUCGACGCUGGAAAUCGUUUAUACAUAGCGUUCAAAAAUCCACAACAGCAGCGUCGGCAGAGCCAGCGGCAGCGGCAGCAGCAGCAGCAAGCAUGACUACAACGACAGCGACGUCGCACCGCAGCCGCAUUCAAUCCGAAGCUUUUGGGGGUAGACAUUCACCGUUUGACGCCCGUCGUUCGUUCUCAACCAGCACCAAGAUGCCAGCGAAAUGUCUGCAACUGGAGAACAUCAAUCCGAACUUCAUCACCAUGGAGUAUGCUGUGCGUGGACCUCUGGUGAUACGAGCCGGCGAAAUCGAAAAGGAGCUUGAAAAGGGUGCAAAGAAGCCGUUCGACCAGGUGAUUCGGGCCAAUAUCGGUGAUUGCCAUGCCAUGGGACAGCAGCCGGUGACGUUCCUGCGUCAGUUGCUGGCCUUGACAUUCGAGCCCCGACUGCUGGACUCGCCCGAUUAUCCCGAGGAUGUGAAGAAACGGGCCCGCGCCAUUCUUGCCAACUGCCAGGGUCACUCGGUGGGCUCGUACACGGACUCGGCUGGACUGGAGGUGGUCCGACGCCAGGUGGUCGACUAUAUUGAGAAGCGCGACGGCGGAGUGCCCAGCGAUUGGCAGAAUGUCUAUCUGACAGGCGGUGCCUCGCCUGGUAUCAAGAGCAUUCUCUCGCUGAUCCACGCUGAGGUGGGAGGCAAGCCACCUGGCGUGAUGGUGCCCAUUCCCCAGUAUCCACUGUACUCUGCCACCAUUGCCGAGUAUGGCAUGGACAAGGUGGACUACUAUUUGGAGGAGGAUUCCGGCUGGAGUCUGAGCCGCAAGGAGCUGCAGCGCUCCUUCGAUGAGGCCAAGAAGACGUGCAAUCCACGCGCUCUGGUCGUCAUCAAUCCGGGCAAUCCCACCGGUCAGGUGCUGACCCGCGAUAACAUUGUCGAGGUCAUCAAGUUUGCCAAUGAUAACGGGCUGAUUCUGCUGGCCGAUGAGGUGUACCAGGACAACGUUUACGACACAAACUCCAAGUUCUACUCGUUCAAGAAGGUCGCCUACGAGAUGGGUGAGCCCUACCGCAGCCAGGAGCUGGUCAGCUUCCUUUCCACAUCGAAGGGUUUCCUCGGCGAGUGCGGCAUUCGUGGCGGAUACAUGGAGGUGGUCAACCUAUGCCCCCAGGUCAAGGCCAUGCUCACCAAGUCGAUUACGGCUGCCCUCUGCAGCACCACCGCCGGUCAGGUGGCCGUCAGUGCUCUGGUCAAUCCACCCAAGCCCGGCGAGCCCUCGUACGACUUAUUCCAAAAAGAGAAGAACGCCACCCUGGCGGCCCUCAAGGAGCGCGCAGAGCUCGUCCACAAGACUCUCAGUAGUUUCGAGGGCUACAAGGUGAAUCCCGUCCAGGGGGCAAUGUACGUGUUUCCCCAGAUCGAGAUCCCACCCAAAGCGAUCGAAGCAGCCAAGGCCAAGGGCAUGGCACCCGAUGUUUUCUACGCAUUCGAGCUCCUCGAGACGAGCGGCAUUUGCAUUGUUCCUGGCAGCGGAUUCGGGCAAAAGCCCGGCACCUAUCACUUCCGCAGCACGAUCCUGCCGCAGACGGACAAGCUGAAACUGAUGAUGGAGAAGUUCCGUGUAUUCCACGCCGAUUUCAUGAAGAAGUACAAGUAGAUGGAGAUGGACACACUGCUUGUAGCCCUUCCCUAGACCCUUCCUCCUCCUCCUCCUGCCGCCUGCCUGUGUUAAGAGUGUCUGAUCCCCCCACGCUAAGGAUUAUCUAGUUUUUUUUUUGUUUUUUGUUACUAUUAUAAUUUCUUAUUAUUUGCCAUAGACUUCUACUGUGUCUCUGCUCUUCAUUAUUUUGUAUUUUAUAUAUCAAAUAUAUAAACGUGUGAAAUUUGUACAUACAUACAUAUGAUAUGUCUGUACUGAAUAACUGCAUGAAUCCACAGAAAGUGAAACUUUGAUUGAUUCUUUGGUUCAUUGAUUUUUGCGAUAUAUUUAAAUAAUGUAAGAGCAGUUGCACUGCCUUUUUACACAUACAUACUCGUAUAUAUAACUCGUAUAUUAUCAGAAUAUUGUAAUACGUUUUAGCCUCAAAGGAAAAGAAAGAUGUUUACUGUGGAUUCAUUCAGGUCUCUGAUAGAUGCUAUAUAUAGUAAUACUGUAUACUCUACAGCCUUCCCUUCCAUAACGAUUUACUCUGUUUUAUCCUUGGAUCUUGUUCAGGUUUCGGCAUCGCUGUUUUCACCAUUUUAAUUAGUCGUUAACUAAAGUGUUGAAUUUGCUGUAGCCAAUCGUUCGUUUAUAGAAAAGACAAGUGUGCCGAUCCUUGAUCGUGGAAUGGAAACAAAUCCAAGUGGUUUGAGGGGAGUGACAAUAAUUUUGUUGGAGCCAAAAAGUUUUUUAUUACUUUCGUUGGCCGAGCGAAGAAGCAUCCGGAUAUUGUUCUAUAGAAAAGUUGUUUAGCAUAUAUUUAUCCUAUACGUGCAUACUCGUUCAUAUAUGUAUGUUUUUAUCCCUCGAUUCGAUCACGAAUGCAUAUUAUGUACAUGUCCUUAAAAGUCAUUACUAUUCGUUAAAAGACAAGAAAACCAAAACAUGAAACUAUUAAAUAUAUAAACAUUA